UGCUGGCAUCGAGCUCCUCAUUUCCGCAUUCCGGAAUCCUCCCAGAUGGGGAUCACGUUUAGAGUCGGGCUGAUGCAACGGUUUCCACUUUAUAAAAUCUACACUCGACCCGCGGCCGAGCAGAAGAAAGGACAUUUGUUCCAGACGGGCUCCAAGUCAGCUGUGGUCACGGCCGAGCCUGAUACCAUGCCAGGGCAAAUUCCGGAUCCCUCGGUCACGGCAGGCUCCCUGCCCAGUCUGGGUCCGCUGUCCGGCAUCUCGGCCGCCCUGCUGACUGACACCCUCAAGUUUGGUCGGCUCCAUGAGUUCAAGACCAUGCUGUCGCCCCUGCACUUCAUGAGCAGCCUGGGAAAGAGGCCCCUUGUCAUCAAAACAGAGCGAGAUGAAGAGGACGAUAGAAGGAAACGAAGGCGAGAGAAAAACAAGGUGGCUGCUGCGCGAUGUCGAAACAAGAAGAAAGAGAGGACGGAUUAUUUACAAAAGGAGUCUGAAAGAUUAGAGACGUUAAACUCGGACCUGAAAGCCCAGAUCGAGGAGCUGAAGCUUGAACGCCAGCAGCUGAUCCACAUGCUUAACCGCCAUCGCCCCACGUGCAUCGUCCGGACGGACAGCGUCCAGACGCCCGAGAGCGAGGUGAACCCGCUGCUGCGGCAGCUGGAGGCCGAGUGAAGCUGCACUGAUGUUCUGCACUAACACAAGACAACUAGAAGCACUUGGCUUUUGAGCCGUAAGACGGCGGAGAAGCACGUGAGUCCUCAGGAUGUGUUACACCGCAAGACGUGGAUUGGACACUGUUGUGGCACUUAAAACAUACUCUCCUCUAACUUUGAUGUUCCGCCGUCAACCAAAUUUGAAAAAAAAAAAAGAAUUUUAUAAGUUGCAGCUGAGAAACAUUUUGGAAUCGUCAACAGAAAUGGUUUGUGAAGUUGUGCGGGCUGCGAGUUACCGCCACCGAGCCACGAUACCAAAGAAAGAAAAGACAAAGUACUGCACAGUACAGCAUAUCAUCGCACUCCAUGGACAAUUAAUUAUGUCCCCUUUGUUGUUGUGAGCACAAAUGGUGAUGACAUUGUCUGAUUAGACAUUUACGUUGCAUUCCAGACUGCUAGCGACGCUUACAAGGUGCAACCUCAAAGCAGAAAAACAUGCACAUUGAUAAGGUCAUCAUUUUAUGCUUUUUUUCACCCACAAUUUCAACAUGCAUUUGUUGAGCACAUAUUUUUGGUCUUGCCGAGAUUAGCCUUAUUUGAGGGGAUGACCCCCCCCCCGCCCCCCUUCUCUCGCAAGUGAGCCACCCCCUAUCCCGUCAAACUGCUGGACCAAUGGCGAGACCCUAUUUUUCUUACCAUGACGACGAGGGGUGGCUGCACUUUCAAGCGAUUGCAAACUUGCGAUUGUGAGCCCCCCCACCACCAAAGACAGCAUGGAUUGUAUUUUCUCUCGUGGAGUCAUCACUUCAAGACCAGGCCAUUGAGUUACGCUGAUUAGCGAUUAGAUCCACGGGGAGGACACAUUGCCAAACACAAACCACCUUAGCACCGCCACCACCCAGCAAUCGUCCCGCUUACCGGGAGCUAAUUCUGUGAGGUGCCAUUAAAAUGAGGAUCCUAUAAAAGCUCAAUGCAGCUCUGCUUAGCCGUUGGUGGCCGCUCAAAAGUGUUUCUGAAACUCUGCCGUGAGCUGAAUUCAAAACCCCCAAGCCAGGGCAUCAUCUAAGCGUCGUCGUUUUUCUCUCGGUGGACUUCUUGGAGGAAAAAAGUCCAGCAUUGCAGAACUCAAGCAAGCUGCAAUCUCAGUACAGGUACAUCAUGUGGGCACGAAAUUGUAUUUUUAAAAAUUAUAUCAGCGUUAUUAUUGUAUCAUUGGGACAAAUAAGGUGGAACGUUGAUGAAGAUGUUCUUCCUGGUCUUGUGUGGGUUUUCUCCGGAAACACGCAUGUUAGUUUCAUUGAAGAAUCCAAAUUGUCUGUUGGGUGUGAAUGGUUGUUAAUCUGUUCACGUUUGCUGUGAUUUAACGGUGACCAAUCUUGACUGUACCCCUGGCUCUCUCCCAUGGAAAAUUUCAUAUUAUGAAAAAUUGAUAAACGAAUUUUUUUUGGUCUUACAUUUAGUGGCUUAUUUUAUCUACCAUUUCACACAUAUUUUGGCGCAGGCGUCAUGUAUUCAUGUAUUUUUUUACAUAUGAAAUAUACAGUACUUAUGGAUUGUUAAUAUUGUACCUUAUUUAGACUAUGGUUUUUACGAAAAAAUUGUAUACAUUUAUACGUUUUUUAUGAUGUUAUAUAAGCGAAAUGCAAUAUGUAUCACUCAAGAAGUCUGUCUAGUUUCGUUUUUUUUUUACUGGCAUUUGUUGGAUUUGGGGAACAUCUUGGGCUCAUUGUGGUGAACACCGCCAUCUAGUGGCUGAAUGGAGGAAGACCGGUUUUUGACCCAAAAACAAUUCUUACUCUAAAGAAAAAAAUAUUGUUCCAAAUACUUUCAAAAGAAUUCGGGCUAUGAUAAUGUUAUUCAAACAAAUCUUUACCGCUGACAACAGACAAGAAUGUAAUGGCAUAAUUGUGUAAUGCUCAUAAUUAUAAUAGUGCGUUUGCUUAUAAAUUAGGGGUGUACAAACUUUUGUUCCCAAGGGCUAUAUUUGUUUUUUUUAUACGCUGCCAAAGGAUCAGCUCUUUUGCAAAAGUUAAACUGAAGAGCCAAAAUGUGUUAAAUGUUUUUGAAUAAAUGACUCCUUCUGUUUGAAGUUGAUUAUAAUCA